AUGGCCUCUUCUCUCCCACCUUUCACUUAUCCCUCAUGGCCUCGCAUCCUUUGCUCCACUCUUCUUCCCCUUUCUCUUGUCGCCUCCUGUCUUGUCUGCCUAUCCAGAUUCCUCGAGCACAAUGCCUUCACUGGGCCCAUCCCACCACACCUGCUGGCUCUGCCCAACCUCUCUUAUCUUGAGCUGUCCUACAAUCAGUUCACAGGAGCCAUCCCCAGCACCUUCACUCGCCUCACUGAGAUGAACAGUCUCAUUAAGCUGGUUGCCUAUAUCUAUGUGUGUGUGCGGGCAUGCGCGUGCGUGCCCGGGCUUCACCUGGCCCUCACCCUGCUUCCUUUUUCUUCCCUCACCCUGCUUCCUUUUCCUUCCCUCACCCUGCUUCCUUUUCCUUCCCUCACCCUGCUUCCUUUUCCUUCCCUCACCCUGCUUCCUUUUCCUUCCCUCACCCUGCUUUCUUUUCCUUCCCUCACCCUGCUUCCUUUUCCUUCCCUCACCCUGCUUCCUUUUCCUUCCCUCACCCUGCUUCCUUUUCCUUCCCUCACCCUGCUUCCUUUUCCUUCCCUCAUCCUGCUUCCUUUUCCUUCCCUCAUCCUGCUUCCUUUUCCUUCCCUCACCCUGCUUCCUUUUCCUUCCCUCACCCUGCUUCCUUUUCCUUCCCUCACUCUGCUUCCUUUCACCUUGCUUUCCAUCGCUUCCCUUGGUCCACUUUGGCUGCCUGCAACAUCUGAGCUAGGACCCUCUCUCUUCUGUACUGGCUAUGCAGACUGA